AUGGAUCCCGUUCUAAAGUCGGAUACGUCCUCGACCUCGACGAGCAGCUUCCACAGCCCAGCUUCGUACACUUCUGAGCUGCACGAGGAUGCCUUCGUUAGGAGAGGACAACGUAGGAACCGUACCACAUUCACAGUACAGCAGCUCGAGGAGCUCGAGAGAGCUUUCGCUCAGACGCACUAUCCCGAUGUGUUCACGCGAGAAGAUCUCGCGAUGAAGAUAAACUUGACCGAAGCAAGGGUCCAGGUGUGGUUCCAGAACCGGAGGGCAAAAUGGAGGAAAGCUGAGAGGCUCCGCAAGGAGCGUGAAGACAAAGAUCGACUGAGUACGGAUCUGGUCCAGUCGACCACGAUCGAGGGUAAACGAUCACCAGGCAGCCCGGAUCCGGACAUCGACUCUGAACUUCCGGAAGAGAGACCGUCUUCGUCAGACGCACCGAAAACUGAGACCCCGAGCCCUUCGGUCGCCAUAACUUCCGCGCCGCUCUUUAAGGACGCUCUAACUUCUUUCGCGGCUGCUUUGAGACAGCAUCAACAUCCGUUAUUCUCGGCUUUCGAUGGGCGAAUGCAAAGCGCUGUAGAGGGGUUAGGCGUUUCUAUCGGAGCAGGCAUAGGUGCGCCGAGAUUUCCCUUCCCUCCGAUGUACUUACCUCCGACUUCGUCGUUCCUAAAAGGUUUCCACCAUCCGCAUCCUCUCUGUGCGUGUUGUCAAGUUCCCACAGCUUCCAAGACACCGACCCCUCACAUCAUGAAAACGUAUGGACUUACAGUUUCUGCGACUGACGACAGCGACGAUGUCUCCUCAUCCUUGGGGGUAUCGGAUCUUCGGAGUAGACUGAAAGAAACGUCGGCUGUCUCGACCACAAACAACAACAACAACAAUAAUAGUAAUAAUAACAAUAACAACAAUAGUAAUAACAAUCAUAACCUCAGCCAUUCUGAAGAAAACGCGUCUCAGGAAUCUGAUUGA